AGGGGACACCUGUGGGGCCUGGGACUGUUUGGAGGUCCUGGGGACAUCUGUGGCUCUUGGGAACGUCUGUGGAAAUGGGGUGGAUCUGUGGGUCCUGGGGGUAUCCAGGGUCUUGGGGACGUCCAUGGAACCUCCUGGCUGGCAUCUGUGGGUUCCAGGGAUGUCUGUGAGUGCCCAGGACAUCCAGAGAUCCUGGUGGGAUGUCUGUGGCUCCCAGGGAUAUCCGUGGGUGCUGAUGUCAUCCAGAGGUCCCAGGGACAUCUGUGGGUGCCCAGGGCAUCUAUGAAUUUUGGGGACUCCUGUGGAUCCCAGGAGUGUUUGCACAUCCUGGGGAUUUCCAUGGAGUUGUCUGUGGGUCCUGGGGGACAUCCGUGGGUCCUGGGGGACCAACAUCCAAGGGCCAGAGGGGUGUAUUGGUGGCACCUGCAGGUCCUGGUGGCAUCUGCUGACGUCCCUGUCCUCUCUCCUCUCCCACAGUGGUGCUGCUGGACUUCGCCAAGGCACAUGGGGAGCUGGGCUGGCUCACCCAUCCCUAUGGAAAAGGGUGGGACCAGCUGCAGAACGUCCUCAACGACUCCCUGAUCUACAUGUACUCCGUGUGCAACGUCCUGGAGGGCGAGCAGGAGAACUGGCUCCGCACCAACUGGAUCUACCGCGGCGUGGCCCAGCGCAUCUUCAUCGAGCUGCAGUUCACCGUGCGCGACUGCAACAGCUUCCCCACGGCCGGCGGCGGCUCCUGCAAGGAGACCUUCAACCUCUACUACGCCGAGUCCGACGUGGAUUACGGCACCAACUUCCAGAAGCGCCAGUUCAAGAAGAUCGACACCAUCGCCCCGGACGAGAUCACCGUGCAGGAGGAUUUCGCCGCCCGCAACGUGAAGCUCAACGUGGAGGUGCGCUCGGUGGGGCCGCUCCACAGGAAGGGUUUCUACCUGGCCUUCCAGGACCAUGGGGGCUGCAUGNAAUGGGGGAACAACUAA